AUGGAUUAUGAUAAAAGUGCAGAUAGCGACAUUGUGGAGAUCCCUGCUCCACCUUUUGAUUUUGAUGAAAAUGACGUGUACAUGUCGUCUCAUGAGCAUCGUUUCCGCCUCUUCAGCUCAGUGGAGUAUGAAGGACAGCUGUACAUGACUGCUCAGAACUUCAUCGAGUCAGUCACCAUGAGUGAACCCCGCAUGAAGAAACCUUGGAGGUCCCUCACCAAACAGGAGUUGGAGAAGAUCUUGUCCGACACUCCACCAGUGUGGAAAGGAACAUCCAAGCUGUUCCGGAACCUUCGGGAACGAGGCAUCAUCGCUUACACUGAGUAUCUCUUUCUGCUCUGCAUUCUGACAAAGCCUCAUGCAGGCUUUAAGAUUGCCUUUAACAUGUUUGAUGCUGACGGUAACCAGAUGGUGGAUAAAGGGGAAUUUCUUGUGUUGCAAGAAAUCUUCCGAAAGAAAAAUGAGAAGAAAGGAAGAAAAGGAGAUGCUGAAAAAUCUGCUCAACUGAGUAUGCAGCUCUAUGGAUAUCAGGUUGUCCCCGUAAACAGCGUGCUAAAAAAAGAGAGUCAGGAGUUUGUGCCCAGGAGCUACUGGGACAUGCUGAGACGUGGCGCGAGCCAAGCCCUGUUUUCUGACCUGGCAGAGCGUGCCGGUGAGAACAUGAUGAUUGACACCACUCUGCUUGUGCACUUCUUUGGCAAGAAGGGGAAGGCGGAGCUAACGUUUGAGGACUUCUACAGAUUCAUGGAUAAUCUGCAAACUGAGAUGUUAGAGAUUGAGUUCCUGACCUAUUCCAAAGGCAUGACCACCAUCAGCGAGGAGGACUUUGCACGAAUCUUGCUGCGCUACACUAACGUAGAGGAUAUUCGCAGCUAUCUGGAGAAUGUGCGCCAGUGCAUACCUGAUGAGAAGAAAGCAGAGGGCAUCACCUUUGAAGAGUUCAGGUCUUUCUUCCAGUUCCUCAAUAACCUUGAAGACUUUGCCAUUGCCAUGCAGAUGUACAACUUUGCCUGUCGUUCCAUUGGACAAGAUGAGUUUGCUCGGGCGGUAUAUGUCGCAACAGGCCUCAAGCUGACCCGCCACCUGGUUAACACCAUCUUCAAGAUAUUUGACGUGGAUCAUGAUGAUCAGCUCAGUUACAAAGAGUUCAUUGGUAUCAUGAAGGACCGGCUGCACCGUGGAGGCAGGGGUUAUAAGGCUGUAGAGCGUUUUACUUCAUUUAAAUCAUGUCUGAAGAAGGAACUGGCAGGCAGCAGGUGAACGGUGUUCAGGAUGUGUCUUUUCUUUCUCAGAAAGAAACUGAUUUGUCUGCUCUGGAAAUGUUUGAGAGAGGUUCCAUCAUGAAAUCUACCUCUUCUUCUUCUGAUUUUGAAACCUUGGGAUUGGGAUGGUGUCCCUGGAUUCAGCGCUCUGCACUGCAUGUUCUAGAAUCUGCACAGCUCUGCGUGAUCAGACUUUAUUCUGUAAUCUGCUCUAAAUCUUGUUUGUUUAUAAGCUGGGAGAUGACAUUUCGGCUGGUACAAGUUCAAUUUGUGUAUGUUUUAAAGUUGCACAUGGGUGUCCUGGAAGGGUAAAGAGAUUUUUAAAUGCAUUUGUAAUGGAAAUGUUUUAAGCAGGGUGAGUUACUCAUUAUGACCUUUUAUUCAUUAUAUUUAUACUAUAUUAUAUUGCAUUGUACAAACAAAGCAAUUAUUAUUAUUAUUAUUUUGUCAUUGUCAGGAUUGUUUAAAUGUACAGAAUCAUACUGUGUGAAAAGGGUAACACUUUAUUGUCAUAAUCAGAAACUGGGUUUGUAAGAGAGUAUGUAGCUCAUGUUGCAUUAAGCCCAAUAAUAAGCAUUGCCUUAAUCUAAAAUUGUUGUUAUUUUUUCUCACACAAUUGAUUUAUUUUUGAACAGGUAUCGCUGUACAAAGAUUGCGCAAGAUUGGUUUGCCAUCUAAGGCAAUUAACAUCAAAGUCUAAGCAUGCUUUUUAAGACUGUACUGCAAUUCAAACACUUAACAAAUACAGACUUGAAAUUCCAUGAAAAUGUUAUACAAGUCAAUAAAGUUGUUUCAGUGUGC